UGGGACAGGAGGGUAAUCAGAGUUGUUGGUCCGCUUGGAGGUUUGCCAUGGGGACAAUAGAGCUAUUUCUCUGCCUUUUUCUUGGACAUUUUAUUGCUGUUGAAUCAGUAAUAAACGAGCAAGAUGCCACAUUCCCCAGGGAUUUUCCAGGAUUUUUUGGAAACAUGAUGCCUCGACCAUUUAAAAGAAAUUUUGGUUUUGCUCCAUAUGACACCAUCUUCAGCUCAUGGCGAACUCGGAGCCCUGAUUUCCACAUGCUUGCUGAUUUCCCUCCCAUCAUGAACGUUCCAAGAGUUGAGGUGUUUUGUGAUGAAGCUAAGCUAACACUGCUGGUGGAUAAGAGAUUCGGUGGUGUCGUACUGACUGGAAAAGAGAUGCAGUUGGGUGAAGGCUGCUAUAGCAACAGCGAGCUACCAAACCAAUUUGUCUUCACUUAUAGUUUAGAUGAGUGUGGAACUGUACGUGUGAUGCAGAAUGGCUUUGCGACGUUCACCAACUCUCUCCACUUGAAUUUCAAAAAAGCUUCACCCACCUGGUGGCAAACUCCUUCCUCAGUGCACAUCUCCUGCUUCCCGAAGAGGUCAUAUGCUAAUCCAAACUUCGUCCCAACCUUUAACAUCAAAGCCAUGAAUCCAUCUUGGACCAGAGCUGCAGAUUCUAAUGUCUAUAAAAGAGGGCAGGUUGUGAACCUCCAGGUUUCUGCCAAAACCAGGCCUGAGCAGCAGCUUUUCAUUCAGUCCUGUUUUGUCUCUGCAUCUCCUGAGCCUCAGACUAAACCCAGACAUGCAGUCAUUAUGAAUAAAGGGUGCACAGUCCCGUUGGGUUCUCCUCAUGCCGUCGUAAAAUUUGUGGCUUCUGACAGAGCAGAUGUGGUUAAUUUUGUUCUCAACACAUCUUAUCUCAUUCCUGAGCUGUACAUCCAGUGUAAUGUCCUCCUCUCGGAUCAGGGUGUCACCUCUGGCUCAAAGUCCUGUAACUAUGAUGUGAUCCAGUCAAGAUGGGAGGACCUGAGUGCAACACCAGAGGUGUGCAAGUGCUGUAGCUCAAAGUGCAAAGGCCUGUCAAUCAAACAACUUCUUGAAGAUGCCAAGGCCAUCGUCAGCACUGGCCCCUUCGUUAUUGUGGACAAAGAUGUAGAGAUGAGUCCUGAGCCUUCGGUCUCUGAACCUCAAGAAAACCCCAGCGCUCCUGUUCUGGACUCCAUGCAGUCUGAUGCAUCUAAUGGUCCAGUGACGGAGGACGCGAUUGCCUCUGGUUCUUCUAUAUCAAGAAACAAACUUUCAUCUUCCCCUAACGGCGUAGUGGUUCUAAGACAGGACCCAGUUGCCAGGCUGACCCUUUGGCUACCUGGACAGGUGCAGGAUGCUGAGCAGAACAACAAUAUUGUUUCUGAGUCUGAAGAUGAGUUGACAGUGCAGUUACAGGCAAGCAACACUGUUUCAAAAGACGUUCCUGAGCUGCAACCUUCAACCACAGAUCAGGAGUCUCUUCUGAAUACACCGACAAACAAGAUCGGAGAUGAAAAUUUGGACUUCCUUACACUGAACUGGAUAAUUCCACCACAACUGGAAAAGGCAGCUGUUAUAGAGGACCCCAAAAGAAAAAUGUGGCUAGGAAGACUUGGCUUGUCUGGUACAGAGGCUCCAGAGGAAGAUGACAUCCCUCUGCCAGAUGAGAUGACCGUGAGCAUCCUAGACCAGAAUGAUUUUAACAAAGUGAGAGAUCAGCUGGUUCAAAGUCAGGCAGAUGCAGCUGUGACACCCCAAGAAGGAACAAAUGAUCGACCAGUAAUUCGCUCAAAACUUGAGUUCUCCAAAAGCAGUGAUGGGUCACAGACACUGAGUUAUGAGGAAGAAGUGGUGAGGCAACAAGAUGGAGAAGGCAGGAUGAAAAGACUUGGGAUGGAUGGAACUAAAAGAAAAAGGCUGUGCUCUACUUUCCUUGAUUUAUUGAGGAGGAUGGACAAAGCAGAAUAAUUGCAACUUAAGAAUACUGCACUAAAUAAACUUAUUGAGCAAUCUA